UAGUCACAAGAGUUUCAGGUACGUGGACAGGUGCUGUUGAGCGACCAGAUGGAUGACCUGUGCGCAGUCACUUCUACGGCUUCGCUCAGUUACGAAACUGUAAUAAACAAGAAUGUAAUGUAGGCUAGUCUUACAAAAACUUUUCACUCGGUUAAUUUGUCACCUGAGGAAGGGGGAAGAGGAAGACUGCGGGUCAUGGCCGUGAUUUUAGCCGCUUUUAUAUUGUUGUUCACCGGGAAAUGGGACAAGACUUCCUUUGCAGUCGGUCAGUAUCAGGCAGUCACAUGUUGUUGCCUGGCAACAUGAGGACCAGACCCGGACUUCGGACCCUGAUGUGUGUCCUUUUGAGAAACGCUCAGACUUGUGUGAAUGAGAGCGGGUUUAAGGAGCAGGUGCUCUAUGUGGGGCAGCAGGGGCCUUCAUAUCGGCUGAACUGCCCUCUGGAGCCCCAGAGCUCCCCCCAGCCCAAGCUGACCUGGCAGAAGGACUGCCACCAACUCCCCACCCAGGAAGGAAAGGCCUACCUGGAGUUUCCCAGCCUCAGCUUGCAAGAUCAAGGGAAUUACACCUGUAGGCAACAAGGCAACAGCACAGCCUCAUUCACUGUGCAUCUCAUAGUUAAAGAAUCUCAGUGCUCCAGAGCCCCAGAAUUUAAAACAAAUGGGAGACCAGAUAGUCUCUAUAGGAAUGUGGGAUCCUCUGUGACACUAAACUGCACCUCUCUUCUCUGGGACCCAAGAGAAGAGCACUGUGACACCACGCUACAGUGGAGUAAAGAUGGCCAAACCUUCACCAAUCACACACAUUACACGCAGAACACCUCCUCAUGGUCUCCUGUUGCCGGCCAACUGAUGGUAAGCAGUCUGCUGGUGAUCAACCUCAGAGAGCCGGAUGAUUUUGGGCUCUACAGCUGCACAGUGAGGAACAUUUCCCUUGACUUCAGCCUGCUGUAUUCAACGGGCCCCAACCACACAGCUGCUGUUAUUGCAUCCAUCAUCCUCCUCCUCCUCCUGGCCAUAGCUGCUGUUGUGUACUGCAGAUGUCACCUGAACAUCAAACUCUGGUACAAGAACUUCUACGCAGAAUGUUAUGGAGACAAUGAACUCAAUGAUGGCAAAUUAUAUGAUGCGUAUAUCUCCUAUGUGAACAAUGAUCAUGACAGGAAGUUUGUCAACUUUAUUCUCAAACCUCACCUGGAGAAUAAAAAUGCACACAAGCUGCAUCUUAAUGACAACGAUAUUCUACCCGGCACAGAACCUUCUGCAGAGCUGCUAAUGAACAUUAGUCGCUCUCGGCGUCUGAUUGUGUUGCUCUCUUUUGCUUACCUUGAGCAGGACUGGUGCUCCAAUAACUUCAGACAGGGCCUGCUGCACUUGUUGGAGUUGUGUCAGCACGAGCGGCCCAUCCUCAUCAUGUUGGAAGGUCAGUCCAAACGCAUGAGGCCUGAGAUCAAGCAGCUGCUCAGUGAGCACCAGCACCGCCUCACCAUACUCACCUGGAGGCACAACUCUGUGACUCCUUCCUCAGUCUUUUGGAAGGAACUGGCUUUAGCGAUGCCUCGCAGGGUCUUCUACCGCAGUGAGUCAGCCGGCGACCCUCAAACUCUGCUACAAAAUGACAAGGACCCCAUGCUGACCCUCGACUCCGACUGCCUGGACUGCCGCUCAGACACUGACCCUGCUGGAGAUCUGGGGCUCCGCCUCCCUGUGUACAAGGCUCUGGCCUUUAAAGCUCCAGUCUUCCCUGCUGCUCCAAUCACUGUAGCUGAGCCCAAAUCCUCUGAAAUCGACGUGUCGGAUCUGGGACUACGCAACUAUGGAGCCCGCUCAGACUUCUACUGCCUGGUCACUGAGGAGGACAUUUGAUCCACACUCCUCUCACUUGUACUGACCUCUAAAAGUUAACAACUGCAUGGAGAUCACUUUAGCUUUGCUUAACAGUUAUCUACAUAAGUCAAUAUGGUAAAAAGUUAUUUUCUUUUAUUAUAUGUACAGAGUGUUGUUAAAAUUGAAGUGUUGCGUUUUUCUGUUUCCUUUUUACCAAAGACUGGUUUUUAAUGUAUUUCUUUUUUUUUACUGUUUAAAAUAUUUUAAGAAAUAAUCUGAAUUAUUUGUGUCAAUCAGGAAAAGAAGUAACUUUUGAUUGUCAUUUCACUGCCAACAUUUCUCAUGAAGUCCCCGGCAGAGGGCAGGGUAACCUCAGAUAAGAUCAAUUAUGCUUUGUCAUAAUUUCACAGCUUACAGUACACAGAAGUUCGGGAAUGCCAGGGAAAAUAAAUGUGACACUGUCUUAAAGUCAGAUUUGAACACGGAACACGCAUCUGUCUGCGCACCAGUCAACUGAAGCAGGACAACGCUCAUGACUGAAGAACUCAUAGCUUUUGAUCUCUGCAAAGGUGGGGGCUUUGUGUGUGAGAUAAACACACCCUGAUAUCACAACAAUCACACCAAUAAAGCAGUUUGACAAAAUA